ACACACGCAGACCUGUCUCACACCACUACGGUUCAGUUCCCGCUCUGCUCAGGCCGCGCCCGCCCGCGGUCCGAACGCUCAAACGCGCGUCCCAAACGCCGACAUUAAUAUUUUUUAUAGUCCUGUUUUCGAAACAAAAAUAAACCGUGUGAGACAGUGACAAUUAUGUUUUUAUAGUUGUUAUAACAAGUGUCUGGGAAUUGGUUUAAAAAUGGAAAGGAAAAGGUGAUUUGUUUGUGGAGAAACGAUUGAAUUGGAAUUAUAAAUUAUAUUAUUAAAUACACAGUUUAACAAUAUUGAUUAAGCACCGACAUUCUUUAAGGGAACUGAGAUAACAUUCAAUAAAUAAAUCACGCCUAUUAAUGUACCAUUGAAUGCUCAAUUAAACCAUUUUCAUGCAAUCAUUAUUUACAUGAGAUAUAUGUUUUUCGUUCAUUUUAUAAUAUUCUCAAACGUAUUCGUAGCAUUCAAUUACUAGUACUAGUAAUGUUUACUGCAAAGAUUUGACCUAAUAAAAUCUAGGUGUCCCAAAUAACUUUGAUUCUAUUUUUUUAUUGAAAAUCUGAAGCUCGAGAAGUAAUUUGUGCUACAAUAAUUUAUACAAAUUCUUUCAUAACCCAAACCUUCACCGACACGUUUUGUCGAUUGUUUUUGGAAUUCAAUCAAUCGUUAAUUAUCCAAAAUGUCUUUUACACUAGAAUUCAACAUGUUUUACGAACCUCUGAUUGUCCUACAAUUAGGACCUGCUAAUUCCACACUAACAAUAUCAGGUAUUUUAGAACUGUUGUUAGAAAUAUUAAGAGACUAUCGAGAAAGAAACGAAAAAAGAAUGGUGAUCUAUUAGACAUGAAAAUUUGAUCUAUCAUUUUCAUUAGAAGCAUUCCCAAAGAAUUCCAAUGUUAGAAAAAAAUGCUCAAAAUCAAGCUUUAGAAAAAUGAAUCCUUCAUUGUUAGAUACUCAUUUCAUUUCACAAAGCUUUAACGUCAUUUGUCGAAUUACACAAGUAGGCAAUCUCAUCCAUAUACCGUAUGACUAGACACAUAACAUAAAAAUCAAUUUAAAGAAUCUCACAAUCCACAAUAAAACCACAAAAAAUCAAUCAUGUAAAAAACCGAAUUUCACACAGCAAUCACCAAUAAUCUCCAUCUAUCAACUCAACUGCAUAACAUUCAAAUUAAAAUGUUUCGUCCGAGUUUGACGCGCGGCGCGAGUCUUGACUCUGCUGAUGUGACCGGCUAUGGAAUUACCAGGAGCCGGCGGGCUUCGUUGUCGGCGGAGCAGCGGCGGAAGCUAAGCAUGCUGCGCUCCGCCAGCAUCCCCUCACCGUUGACUCCGGUGAGCCACAUUUACCAUUUGGUACCCUGCCCGAGAAAAGACUGUAACCAGAAAUAUGUCGUAAGCACAGAUCGGAGUGGAGACAUCCAUGUACACGUUCAAGGGAUAAUUCCGCAACCAAACAGGGGGGACCUGAGCCAGCAAGACAAGCGAUGCGUCUUCUUAACAGUGCACGACCUUGGAACAAACCACUCGACGAUGGUUGACUUCGUGAACUGUCCAGCGAUGUCGGAGAUUAAAGAACGGUCCUGUUUCAUCCACAUCGACGUGCCGGGUCACGAGGAGAACUCUCCAGAUUUGCCAGACUCCUACCAGUUCCCAUCCCUCCAAACAUUAGGCGAAGACCUAAUAACAGUGCUAGACUUCCUCCACAUCCGCUACGCGGUGGGGCUGGGCGAGGGUGCGGGCGCCAACAUCCUGGCGCGGUGCGGGCUGGCGCACCCGCGGCGGCUGCUGGGCCUCAUCCUCGUCAACUGCACGGCGUCCACCUCCUCAGUGGCAGAUGCCUUCAGGAGCCGGUUCUCAAGGUGGCGCGGCGCAGACAUUUCGCAAUCCGAAGAGGAUUUCCUCAUCUACCACAAGUUCGGCCACGUGAGUUUUGAACCAGAACGCCUUGAUUAUAGCUACCAGCAAAUAUCGAGUGACUCGAGUGAGGUGGGCGAGCGCGACCGGACCCUGGCCGAGUACCGCUCGCGGCUGCGGGGGAACCUCAACACUCACAACAUCAAGCUGUACGUCCGGGCGUUCAUCAAUCGCAAGGACCUGAUCCUCCGCGGCUGCCAGCCCGACAUCCUGCUGAUCACGGGCAUGCAGAGCCCCUACUCCACCGUCAUCGAGAAGAUGUACAAGGAACUCGAUAAGGAGAGGGUCACCAUACUCAAGGUCGACCGAGUGGGAGACGUCUUGGCUGAAGCUCCGGCCAAGGUGUCGCAGUCGCUGCUGCUGUUCUGCCAGGGCCAGGGCCUGCUGACGUCGCUGCCGCCGCCGGGCGUGGAGCGGCGCAUGUCGCGCGCCAUGAGCAUGGAGGAGUACGACAAGCCCAACAUCCGGCGCCUCUCGCUCACGCCCGCCGCGCCCGACUCGCCGCCGCACCGCAAGCUGUAGGCAGCAACACCACACCUAGCAAUCUCUCCAAUAGAAGUUACCCAUACACUUCCUAAAUGUAGGAGCAUGGUUCCGAAAUACCAGGUAUUGUAUCCUAUGCUAAAUUCUGAGGAGGACCAUCUAAAUUCCCUCUUUUAACGUUGCUAUCUCUAAUACCAUGCUGCAUUAUCACUUGUAGUAUAAUGUGUAUAAUGUGUCUUGUGGUGUAGACCAGAAAAAUAUAUGCAAGGACGGACACAUCAAUAAACAAAUAUCGCUGAAAUUCAAUCGGGAUUGUCGAAUAUUUUCUCAAGUAACGAAUCCUGGGUUUCAAUAAAAAACUUGUAUAUUUAGCGUGCUUUUUAAUUAUAUCGGAGACUUCUAAAAUUUUCCGUUUUGUAUCUUCUUCUGGUCUGUUUUCGAAGGGGUUUGGAAUAAGGAGCCAGUAGAGCUGCGGUAAAUAUGAACCUAAUUCUUUCAAAGAUUUAACUAUAAAGUGGCUUAAAGGUUAAAAAAAAAUUCAGGUUUACUGACGCGACCUCUAAUUAAUACGUCGGCUGUUUCCGGAAAAAAGACGAGGUUUUAAAAAAAAUGCUCAUUUAACUUAGAACAGAGGCACACUACGUUGCAAUUCUGUUAGAAAGUAAUCUCUUCUUUAUCAUCAAAUCAAUUAAAUUUUACAAGGGCAGUUCUCAGACAACAUUGUCAGUGGCCUUGCACAAUGCACAGAUCAUCGCGUGUGCAGAAGGGACGCGCUGGGCUCAUUCUUAUUCUAAACACCUUCCAAUUUUAUAAAUAAAGAUUAACAUUAUUUUAUUUAUAAUGUAUGUGUACUAUAGAUGUAGAAUAAUAUUCUAUUAGAUAUGAUUGCUGUCUAAUCAAAUCUGCAUAAAAAGUUACAUAUCUGCUAAGGCACCCCUAUAGUGUCUGUUUGAAGUAUAAACUAUUUUAAUGAAUGUUGUUUAAUAAUUUAUCAAUUAUAAAUCAUUUUAAACUUAUAUUUAUGUUUUUAACGUUUGAUUUUGUUAGGUCGGUUUUUAUAUUUGACCACAUUUUACAGUUUCGAUAUAAUUUAAUUUCGUACCGAAUUUUAUUACUGGGAGUUUACUACGUACCACUAUAGUUAUUAGAUUUUUAAGUAAACAUAUUUAACUGUCGCUCUUCUAUCAAAUAGUUUCUGUAAGAAUGUAUAAAGUAGAUUUAGGAGCUUAUACCAAAUAUCACGAUGAACCAAGUAUCGUAGCUAAAUGUGUACCAAUUUUAUAAAACACAUUUUCCGAAACUAUUUUGAUACUAAAAUUAUUUCGUAAACCUUUUAAAUAUUUGUUUUAUUUUGCUUGUUAAGAAUUUCAGAAAUUAAUAUCACAUAAUAUAUGUUAUGCGCGAAUAGUUAAAAAAAACCUAAAUUAUGUCUUGCAACUGGUGUACAAUUACUUUUUUUUGUAACAGGAUAAGCCUUUGUUGCAAUUGUGUUGUAAAAUAUGUAUAGUGUAUUUUUAUUGUUAAUAAGAUAUUCGAUGUAUUUUAGCGUUAUGUACAAAGUACCUAAUGAAUGUUAAAAAGUAUUUGAAAAUCUAUAAUGUGUAGAAUUCAGAAUUAAAUAUUUAAAUCUGU